GAGUUUGAGACGGAGCAAGGGUUCCAAGUGGUGGUGGAGUGAGACGAAGGCGCAUAGAAGAAGAGAAUGGUGGAAAGCGUAGCAUUAAACGACGUCGAACUCACCUUAAAGCCUUUCUAUCAGAGAGCCUCAGAAGUAGAGGAGCGCUUAUCGAGACUUGAAGCUGCCUUUAAUAGUGAUAAAGAUGCUGGAAAUGAGGAACACUUGAAAGUGAUUAAUGAUCUCCAGUCAAAGCUAAAUGUUGCAAAUGCAGAGUUAAUUUCAGAAAAAGAGAAGGCUCAGAUGCUUGCUGCAGAAAAUGAAAAACUUCAAUACCGUAUAAUUCAUCUUCUGAGAGCCCUAAAGGAUGCUGAUUUAAAGUUAGAGCAGGUGAAAGCACGGGAACAGCUGGAUAGCAUGAAAUUGCAGAGUUCUUAAGUUCAUGAUCUGAGAUAACCAUUUGUUUUUUCCGGUGUAUUUUUGUUUUCCUGUUGAUGUGCAUCAUAAAUAUAGGUAUGUUUUUUGUGAUGCUAAAUACGUUUGCCUUUUACAACUGUAGAAUUCAAAUUUGUGUUUAGUUCCUAUUAUAAUGGACAUUCGAAAUUUCGUCGAAGUUAUGUACACAGAUGGUGAAUUAGUAGUAAAUGCUACACAGCCACAGAAAAGAAAUUAAACAGUCGUUAUUAGAAAC